CACGGUAGGCUGGAAGCAGUGAUGGGAUGUACAGAGCCAUUGUGGCCGGGGACCUGCAUGAUGACAUCACAUCCGCUCCACAGGCAAAAGGCUGCAGCUGCCAGUUCCAGCUAAUGGUCCUGCACCACGGGGUCACGCUGGAGGUUAACGGAACCGUCAAUCACUGGCCCAUACACAGGAAACUGUACUACGUCAACGCUGGUGUGGAGGGCUCGGGCCCACAGAAUGUGACAUGCGUCAUCCACGAUGCACGUUUUCUGAUGUGCAGCUGGGGCGUGGGGCCAGCGGCACCAGACGAUGUCCAGUACUUCCUGCACAUCAGGGACUCUGCGGGUCAGGUGGUGACGGAAUGCCCUGCCUACCUGGGCGAUCACCUGCAUUUAGGCUGCAGCUUAGAGGACCUGUCCCUGCUGCCUUAUACCUUCUACAUCAUCGUGACCGGAAGUAGCCAGAAGGCAGAAGUGCAGUUCUUUGAUGCCAAGCUGAACACCAAGCUCAUUGAGCGCCUCAGCCCUCCUGACAACGUAACUGUCACAUGCAACACGUCACACUGUGAGAUUACAUGGUCACAGCCACAGACCUGGGCACGCCUGACUUUCCGAGAUUUCCGGUAUGAGGUGGAUGUGCAGAGACAGAACACGAAGCCCGGAAGUACAAACCCGAUGGUCCGCAUUUCCAGGGAGGAACAGAACAGAUACAUCUUCCCAAGCCCCGCCCCCAGGCUGUGUCACAUGGUCCGCGUCCGUGCGGGUGACGUGCGCAGCGAUCGCUGGAGCAACUGGAGCCCACUCAUCACUUUUGGUGAGGUCAUCUGUUCCUGUUCACUUCCCAAGCCCCACCCACACGCUUCCCGUGGGUGUGUGUUUGACCCCCUGGUGGUUUUCUGUCUUCCCUCUGUAGGAUGCGGGGAGCAAGGGAUUCCCAGACUGUACCUGUACCUGACAGUCGCAUGUGUCACCCUACUGUGUGCUCUGGGCCUCGGGCUCGUGUGCAGAAGGUACAUGAAGAUCCAGGAAGUGUUUCCUCCAAUCCCGGAAAUAAAGGACAAAGUGACUGAUAACGAGCAAGUCAAUCCCAAGACCCUGAGGGAGGACUUACUGCUGCAGCCAUAGAAACCUGACAGAUUACAUCAUAGCCCUGGGACAACGACAUCACAGGAUGUCCUGCCCCUCUCUGAACAUGGCGCCCAGAGCUUCAAACUAUGUACUUCCCAACUUGUUUUUUGGGGG